AUGCCACCCCAUACCGCUGCCUCAAAAUUAUGGAAACUGUUUUGUAAAACUGCUGCUACCAUUAAACCUGCUGUUUCUUUCUCGGUUCACCAUAACUGUAACCUAUCGUUCUUGUGGGAUCCUUGGUGUAAUAUGGGCAUGGUUGCUGAUCUGAUUGAGGCCAACAGGAACUCUCAUCUAUGGGUGAAGGAUUUUAUUUCCCAUAGCCGUUGGGUGCUCCCUGUUUCUUUACCUGGGCCGGUGAAAGACACUAUUAGUAAAACUGUUAUUGUUGGGGAGGGGCCGGUGCUUUUCUGGUCUAGUUGUCCCAACCCCUCUAACAAAUUUUUCUCUGCUUUUUACCAUUCUAACUUAAAGAGUGUCCCGUGGUUUAAAUUCAUUUGGCAUAAAGGCUUUGCCUUGCGUUAUGCCUCUUAUACUUGGAUGGCUGUUAAAGGUAAACUUAAAAUGGCGGACAUUCUCAUUUCUAGGGGGAUUGUGGUGGCCCCCUCCUGCUCUUUCUGUCUGGGCAACAUUGAAUCACAUUCUCAUGUGUAUUUUGAAUGUGAUUUCUCUUUUUUAUUGCUUACUGCUCUAUUUCCGGAUAUGGUGAAUUUUUACCUGAGGCCUAAUCUUACUCAAGUAUUUGAUCAUUUUGGGACCGUUCGGAAGUAUACCAAAACAGAUAAGAAUUUAUGUUAUUUUACGGUGGCUGUUUUGGUGUAUUACUUGUGGAGAGAAAGAAACAAUAGACGGGUUUCUGGUGUUUGGAGAAAUCCUGAUGAGCUUAAAAGAGUUAUUUUGCAAGCUAUUUAUGCUAAAAUUAGGAAUUGGAAUCAUUAUGACAUGCUUAAGGAAAUUUUUGGACAAAUUCUGGGAUGA